AUGGAAUGCUCCACCCCGACCUUCUCCACCACCCCUGCCGCCUCCCCCACCCCCGCCGCCUCCACCACCCCCGCCGCCUCCACCACCCCCGCCGCCUCCACCGCCUUCACCUACCGAGCCACCCCCACCGCCUCCGCCCCCGCCACCACCACCCUCGCCACCUCCUCCGUUGGUGCCACCUCCACCCCCCUUGCCCCCUUUGCCCUUGCUGUUGUUGCGCCUUCCACUAGGAGCAGACGCAGCGCCAACUUCCUCAGCAGUAGAGGCAACUGA